CAAAUAUGGCGAUUAAAAUUACAGAGAAGAAAGUCUUAGUCACAAACAUAGCCCGUUGAGAUAAAGGAAAACAUUUGUAAGGCUUAAUCCUGAAUAUAAUCACCACGUAUAUGAUUACUAAGCAGUCGGGAAUCAGGGACUCGGGAGAACCCCAAAUUAAAAAAAAUAAAAAAUUCUAGCAAAAAUCUUUCAGAACACAAGGUGUAUUUUUUUUCCCACUCGGUAGCAGUACGAAGGAUAAGAUUGCUGCAAUGUGUAGAAAUAUGCCUCACACUGGAGGCAAAAAAAACGAAGGUAUUUCACCCAUUUGAAAAUCCAUAUAAAAAUCCACUUCAAACAUUGCCUUCCUUGAAUUCCUUUCAUUUUUACGGAAAUACUUAAAAAAGUUUCAAGGAUGAAUUCGCUGACGUGGGAGGGUGCGCUUCACCUGAAGAAAGAUUGUGGGUGGCCAUGCACUCUUAUUCCAAACAGACUUUCAAGCAUUCACUUCACAAACGCAAGAAAGACAAAUAUUUGCAGAGUUUCCCUAGCAGAUUCUCAACGCCUUGAUAGAUCACGAAAAGGAGUUCAGAGCCUUGAAGGGCCUGGACGAAGCAUUGAAGAUGGCGUGCGUCGUAAAUUGGAGCAAUUCCAUGAAGGACUUGAAGGUCCACCUUUGCGUAUCCUACCAUUAGGAGGUGUGGGGGAAAUAGGAAUGAACUGUAUGCUUGUAGGUCAUUAUGAUCGCUAUAUUCUAGUGGAUGCUGGGCUUAUGUUUCCAGACUAUGAUGAGCUUGGUGUGCAGAAAGUAUUACCUGAUACAACUUUUAUUCGACGUUGGAGUCAUAAGAUAGAAGCUGUUGUUAUAACACAUGGCCACGAGGAUCAUAUAGGGGCCCUGCCUUGGGUUAUUCCAGCGUUGGAUCCCCAUACACUGGUUUACUCGUCAUCAUUCACAAUGGAGCUUAUAAAGAGACGAUUAAAAGAGUUUAAUAUUCCAAUUAAUGGAAGAUUUAAACUCUUUAAAAUGAGAGAGAGGUUCGAUGCUGGGCCAUUUCAAAUCGAACCUAUACGGGUUACACAUUCCAUUCCAGAUUGUUGUGGAUUGGUGCUUCGAUGCAAAGAUGGGACAAUUUUCCAUACUGGAGACUGGAAGAUUGACGAGUCACCAGUGGAUGGAAACACUUUUGAUCGGAUGGCUCUAGAAGAACUGGCAAAGGAAGGUGUUACUUUGAUGAUGAGUGACUCCACCAAUGUACUUUCUCCUGGAAGAACUAUCAGUGAAAUGGAUGUAGCUGAGUGUUUGCUAAGGCGUAUUGCAUCUGCAAAGGGGAGAGUCAUAACAACACAGUUUGCCUCCAAUGUUCAUCGCCUUGGCAGUGUGCAAGCAGCAGCUGAAUGUACUGGCCGUAAGCUGGUCUUUGUUGGCAUGUCAUUGAGAACAUACAUGGAUGCUGCUUGGAGGGAUGGGAAAGCACCGUUUGAUCCAUCUACCUUGGUCAAACCUGAAGACAUGGAUGCUUAUGCACCACAAGAGCUUCUGAUUGUGACAACAGGUUCACAGGCAGAACCGCGUGCUGCUUUAAAUCUUGCUUCAUUUGGAAGCAGUCACUCGCUCAAGCUCAACAAAGAUGAUUUGAUAUUGUAUUCAGCUCGGGAGGAAGUUCUUAGGAUGGUAAAGCCCCAGCAUUUCUUACCUAUCCAUGGUGAAUUUGCUUUCCUCAAAGAACAUGAACUACUUGGAAAGUCUACUGGGAUUCAACAUACAAGUGUAAUAAAAAACGGUGAGAUGCUGGGAGUUUCUCACCUUAGAAACAGAAGAGUUCUUUCUAAUGGUUUUUCUCCUCUAGGCAAGGAGAACUUACAGUUGAUGUACAAUGAUGGCGAUAAAGCUUUUGGAAAUUCAACAGAACUUUGCAUUGAUGAGAGGAUGAAAAUAGCAUUGGAUGGCAUUGUAAUUGCCAGUGUGGAAGUUAUGCGGCCUCAGAAAACCCAUUUGGACUCAGCUGGCAAUCGAGAAUCUGAAUCACAGGCACUGCUAAAAGGAAAAAUACGCAUCACAACUCGUUGCUUAUGGGUUGAUAAUGGAAAACUUCUGGAUGCAUUACAGAAGGCUGCACAUGCAGCAUUAGAAAGCUGCCCGCCAAAUUGUCCACUUGCUCAUGUAGAGUACACCAUGUCUACAGUAAUGAGGAAGGUUGUCAGGAAGUACAAUAAUAGAAGACCAGAAGUAAUUGUAAUGGCUGUGGAUAAUAUUACCGACAUUACUCCCAACAAUACAAAGCUAAAAGGAUCCACAAAAGGUCCAAACGUGCAUCAAGACUUGAAGAAUCUUCUAUCAGUAAUUUCUUCCCAUGAUAAGUACAAACUAGGUACUACAAUCAGCGAUGUGACAGAUGCAGUGGUGAUAAGUUCCCACAUGAAAGAUGACAAUAAAGGUACACCUGAAACAUCAACAGAAGCAAGAUAUUAUAAAGAUCAGGUUGAUAGAAUAUCUUCAUCCAUGCCUCCUAUAAUAUUAGACAAUUCUUCCAAAGUUGGAGAUGAGAAAUGGAGUGCUGAAUUUUCUUAUCAAUCCACUGAAAGUUUGAGUGCAUCAGUGACAGUUCACUCUCCAGCUAAGAAACGGAACAAAUGGAAGCGAAAUGAAACUUUGUUGCUUAUUGAAAUACGAGGGAAUAUGGAUACUCAAUUCAAAACAGAGAAGGCAAAGGUCCUCUGGGAAGAGGUCUCAAAGACUUUGUUGGAACAUGGAAUUGAGCGUGGUCCAGACCAGUGCAAAUCUCUCUGGCAAUCUCUAGUGAAGAAACAUGAGAGCAUUCUUCAAGGUGAGCAGAGCAAAAAAAAAUGGCCAUUCUUCAGUGACAUGGAUAAGAUCUUAUCAAAUCAAUCAUGAACGACAUGAAAGAAGUACUUUUCUGAGGGCCUCCUACCUUAAAGAUCACUGCAUGUUCAUUUUAUUAGAGAGACAAUUAAAAGCAUUUUGUGCUGAACGUACACAUAAGAAGUGGUUACUUGUGUUGAACCCAAAUCGACAAAUGCUCCAUACCUGGCUGUAUAAAAUAUCUGCUGGAUGUAUCUUCCAUUAUUUGACUGUUCGAUCCCUCUUAGUAGUUUGUAUCAUCUACAAUUCACAAAAUUAUCCAUUAAGCCUUUUAGUUUCCAUGUUUUUGUAAGUGGGAAGUGUCCACAAAAUAUGCUUUAAUUUAAAUGGUGCCACAACAAACAAAACACAGCAGAUUAAAUUCUGCUUGGAUAGCGACAUUAGAAGAAAAUGGUUGCUGUCAUGGACUUGUAUAUCAUCAAAAUUUGAUGCAAAGAAAUCUUUGGGAUUCCCAUGGCCUAAUAAAUUGGGCUCCUUGAUUCAAUAAUCUGAAAAUAGUUCUUUCGAA